AUGCCUCGUCCAUCUAAAAAACAAAAACCUAAUUCCGAACCAGAACCUUCAAGCUCAUCUUCAUCACCCGAGAAUGAUAGCGACCAAGAAGAAUCAAAUGAACAAGAAAAUAUUCAAAUAGAUUUAGAGGCUCGUUCUCUCGUCGAUACGGAUCAUUCAGCAAUUCUCUAUUUUCUUGAACAAUCUUUUGGUAAUUCAAUAAAAAAAUCCAUUCUUGAUCCAAAUCAAUUAGCAAAACAACUUAUUACACAACAAUCAUUUGGUAGUGUUUUUCAUCAGCCAUCAGAUUCAACUACAGACGAAACGGACGAUGAUGACGAUGAAAAUCCACUAUCGGAUAAAUGUUCGGAUAGUGGAGAAGCAAAAAAUAUUCUUCACGAUACGAAAUGUGGAUUGUUCAUAAACGAACGUUAUAUGAAUAUACCAGCUGAAAUAAGCCUACCGGCUAUUCGUACACUUCGUUUGGAAAUGUCUUUUGAACUUGACUAUUGGAUAGUUCAUGCAAAAUUACGUUUACAUACAAGUGAUACAAGUACAAUUUAUUAUGUGAAUGGUGAAGAAGAAAUAUUUCAACAAUAUCCAAGUCUAUCUAUCGAUUAUAAUCCUACACAAUCUAAUAAUAAUAAUAAUAAUAAUAAUAAUAAUGGAUGGACACAUCGAAGAAAAAUAAUAUUUGUUUCUACUUAUAAACUUGAUGAAAUUUGUUCUAAUAUUGAACAAAAAUUAAAAAAAUAA